AGAUGUCCAGUAGUGAAGAGAAAAAGGAACCACCAAAGACUGAAACAGAAUCCAUACAACAGUUUGAUAACGAAACAGAUGGAGUAUUGCUACCCAACGAAAGGUCCCUUGAGAAGGAAUUUAUCCCCCCUGACGGGGGCUGGGGUUGGGUUGUAUGUGUUACGUCCCUCUUGACAAAUGGUACAAUUUUCAGCAUGCUCAACACUUUUGGCAUAAUAUACGUGUAUCUAAUCAAGGAAUAUGCCAAGGGAGAUCAUUCAGUUGCUUUCAAAACAUCAUGGGUAGGAUCAGUCUGCAUAGGUAUAACAUUUUUGAUGAGCAUUUUUGCCGGUAUAUGCAGUGAUCAAAUAGGCAUCAGACCAACAGCUUUUUUCGGAGCUGCUUUAGGGGCGAUUGGUCUCUUCUCUAGUGCCUUUGUCAUCCAACUGGAGCUUCUUUACCUUACAUAUGGUCUCUUACUCGGAAUUGGUGGAGGAUUCAUUUAUUCUACCUCUUUGGUCAUUCUUGGACACUACUUCCAAAAGCAUAUGGGCAUUGUGAAUGGAAUCGUGACUUUUGGAAGCUCAGUCUACACAAUUGUUUUAUCUAUUGUUCUUCCAAUUGUUCUGAAAUCGUUUGGAAUCAAAUAUACUUUUCUUUUCCUUGGAGGGUUGUAUUGUAUACUUCUUCCAUGCAGUCUGACUUGGAAGCCAUUGUUCCAAAGAGACACUGACAUUUCACGCGUAGAUGUAUCUUCGAACAAAAGGCUACAAGGGGUUGAAUGUUGCAAUUGGGCAAAGAAGUACUUGAAUCUGAACAUUUUUAAAAACCAUGCAUAUCUAACCUGGUUUUUGGGAUUUGGCAUAGCUUUAUUUGGAUACUUUGUACCCUUUGUACAUUUAGUUAAACAUACUCAAGACGUCUUUCCCAAAUCCAAUGCAUAUAUUCUGAUCACUUGCAUGCAAGCUACUUCGGGUGUCGGAAGAAUAGUGUUUGGAAAGGUAGCUGACUUGAAAUUUAUAAAUCGAAUUUACAUGCAGCAAUGUGCGUUCGUAGUGACGGGCUUCGUAACAGCAUGCAUCCCAUUCAGUGCCAGUUUUGAAGGGUUAGUGGCCAUUUGUCUCAUUAUGGGCCUUUGUGACGGAAUCAGUGUAUGCUUAUUAGGUCCUAUUGCCUUUGACCUUGUUGGUCCAAAGAAUGCAUCACAAGCUAUUGGCUUCAUGUUAGGUGGAUUUUCUAUUCCAUUUACCGUUGGUCCUCCUAUUGCAGGCUUGCUUUACGAUCAUCUGCACACAUAUGAAAUAGCAUUUGUCGCUGCUGGUGCCCCACCUAUAAUUGGUGCGAUUGUUAUGUGUUUCAUCCCCAAAAAGGCAAGUCCGGAAGCAAAAGAAGCCCACACAUCUAUUUCUAUGGUAGAUGUGUAUCAGGCCAAUACAGAUAAAUCAGAAUUGGAACUUAAUGUAGGAGUGACCGAUCCCAUAGAAGACGAAUUGCAUGAAGAAGGAAAAAAGCUUUUAGAAUCACCAAAUGAUGACAUCAUAUUCAGAAGAAACGGUUCUAAAAGCUCUAAUGAAAAUAUAGACAAUACACCAAGACAGAAUUCUGAGUUGUGUUUAAAUAAUGGAGUGACAGCUUAAUUGGAGUUACAUGUAAUGUUUUUGAUUUAGAAAAAUAAUUUAUUCUGAUUGCUGUUGCAAAAGU